UAAAAAAAAACAACCAUGCCUAAAAGGAGCCAACCAGAUGACGCAGAGCCCAAGAGGAGAUCUGACAGGUUGAGAUGUAAACCUCAACCGUCGAAGCCGGAGCCUAAAACCAAGCCAAAGAAGGCGCCCGCUAAGCCUAAAAAAGCUAAGGAGGUGGAGAAGGCCAAGCCUGAGGAGAAAGAGCCCGAGGCCCCCGCGGAGAACGGCGAAGCCAAAGCCGAGGAAGAGGCACCCGCUACAGACGCCGCUGAAGAUAAAGAGGAGGCAGCGGAAUAACAUCUCUCCCGCCAUGUCUUCUACCAGUGCUCCCUGUACCUCUUUUCUUGUACAAUUCAGGGGAAUAUUUUUAUCGACUAUUUUCUAAAUACAGGUUUUUUAGUAGUUUGAUUGUAGAGAACACUUUUUUUUAAUGAAAAGAAAAACGUCAGAUUUGGAAAACGGGGGAUUUCAUCACAUCCCACAGUUCUUUUUGCAUUGCGGUCAUUGUUGUUACUGUCAGUCUAUUUCAUUUCAAUUUUAAAUGUGAAGGAGGGGAGGGUGCAGGACAGGUUACCACGACAACGCGCAAGCAUGACUGAUGUUCACAGGAGCUGGGGCAAGAACCGGACGAGCUGGCCUGCGUGGACUACAUUCCAGAUGCUUUAUAAGGGACGGUGUAUGUAAUCUGUGCCGGGGUGGGGAUGAUGGACAGUCACGGGGCGAAUCAUUGUUUUCUUGUUUAGAAUGAAGAACAGUGUUUUAGAAUGUUUGUAAGCUUUGUUCCUAUUUGUUAACUCUUGUACUCAUGCAGUUUUCUUAACAAAUCUGGUCAAUAAACCCGAAGUCCGUAGUACUGGAGCUCUCCCUUUCAGAACUGUGCAUCGCGUGUGUUGGUUGUGUCUCUGUUUCCGUGAUAGCAUCGCAAUAAAUUUGUAUAGCUGCUGUGAAAAAGGGUUUUCGGUCUUUCUAUAUGCAGUGUGUAAUGGUACAUUGUAAGGAUGGUAAAAUGGAAUUUGUUUUCUUAGCCAAGCUAAUGAGGUAUGUAAUCGAAGAAGAAGAAAAAAAAGAAAAGAAAAAAGUAGAACGUGGCUUCUUAAAAGCUGACAAUACAAACUGUACUUUUCUUUGAAAUGUCAUGCAUACUACCAGCAGUAGCAAUAUUCAUGUGGAUUUGAGGUUUCUGUAUCAAGUACAAGUGUGCAGUUUCUUUUUUGUUUAUAGAUGUACCUGUGUAAUGAUUGUUAUCAACGAACCAAUAAAACUGGGUUGGUAGUUAA